AUUCGUUCUUUCUUUCUCUCUUCUACUUGACACUCUCUAUUUGAAACACCCCCAAAUUCUAAACCCUAGCUAAAGAAGCUAAUUAAGUCGGUGUAAUCUCCAUCCUUGACACUUUUCCGCUUAUUAUUCUUCUUUUAUCAGGCAUGUUUGAAUUGGAUACAAGUUCAUUUGGAGUUUGUUUUUUUUCUUCUUUCUAUAAUGGCCAAAGCUGAAUUAGCAUUUACAAAUGAUGCUGUGCACACGCUACAACUUGCACUUCUUGGGGGUAUACAAGAUGAUCACAAGCUGUUUGCAGCUGGGUCUUUGAUUUCUAAAAGGGAUUAUGAAGAUGUGGUGACUGAAAGGUCGAUUUCUAAUCUAUGCGGUUAUCCUCUUUGUAACAAUUCCUUGCCAUUAGAGCGGCCUAGGAAAGGACGGUAUCGUAUUUCUUUGAAAGACCAUAAGGUUUAUGACCUUCAAGAGACUUACAUGUAUUGUUCUUCUCAGUGUGUUGUUAAUAGUUUAGCAUUUGGGGGUAGUUUGCAAGAUGAUAGAUGCCCAGUGGUGAAUUCAUCAAAGGUUAAUGAGGUUCUCAAGUUGUUUGAGGAUUUGAGUUUGGAAGAAGAGGAUUUGGGGAAGAAGAAGGGUGAUUUGGGAUUGUCUGAGUUAAGGAUUCUGGAAAAAAUGGAUGCCAAGGUUGGGGAAGGGGAUUGGAUUAGUGGUCCUUCAGAUGCAAUUGAAGGGUAUGUUCCCAAAAGUGACUCAUUUGCAGGAAAAGGGAAAGGGCUGAAGGCUAAAAUUGCUGCUCCAGAGAAAGUGAAAGGCAAGGCAGUGAAUGAGAUGGAAUUUAUGAGUAGUGUCAUCAUGGGGGGUCAAUUUGGCAUUCCUCAACAGUCUAAACGGAGUUCGAAAACAAUGUCAGAGGAGUACAAUUCAAUCGUCAAAAGUCAGGUUGAAAUUCCUGAAGCAUCUUACUCUGCAUCCAAAUGUGGUUCAGAUAUAAAUGUUACUGAUUUGGAAGAAGAGCUGUGCGCUGGAAUAGAUGCUUUGUUACAAGAAACCACAUUGAAAUCCUCCUUGAAGUCUUCAGGUUCAAACAAAUUGACCCACAGUGUUAGAUGGGCUGAUGAAAAAGAAACUGAUAAUGGUAAUGAGAGCCAUGGAAAUCUUUGUCAUGUUCAAGAGAUGGGUGACUCACAAGGUAGUGCUGAAAGCUCAGGUAGUCAGAUUGGGGAGGAUAUGGACAGUUCCAUACGUUUAGCAUCAGCAGAGGCAUGUGCAAAUGCUUUGAAACAAGCAGCUGAGGUUGUGGGCUGUGGUGAAUCUGAUGCCAGUCAUGCUGUAUCUGAAGCUGGGAUCAUUAUAUUGCCACAACACAUGAAUGGAGGAGGCGCCGAGAUGGUUGUGAAUGCCCUUGAGCCAGAAUCAGCGCCUCUAAAAUGGCCAACAAAGCCUGGUGUUUUCAAUUUUGAGGUGUUUGAUUCUGAAAAUUCAUGGUUUGAACCGCCACCUGAGGGCUUUAGCUUAAGUUUAUCGCCAUUUGCGACGAUGUAUGUGGCAGUUUUUGGAUGGGUAACGUCUUCUUCUCUGGCUUAUAUAUAUGGGCGCGAAGAGGAUUCGCAAGAAGAGUUUUUAUCUGUUAAUGGGAGAUCAUAUCCUUACAAAAUUGUCUUGAGUGAUGGGCGUUCUUCUGAAAUUAAGCAAACUCUGUCUGGUUGUCUUGCCCGAGCAUUGCCAGGACUUGUUAUGGAUUUAAGGGUGCCAACUCCAGUAUCUUUCUUGGAGCAAGGAAUGUCCCGCUUGAUAGAGACUAUGUCGUUCAUCGAUGCGCUUCCAUCGUUCAGAAUGAAACAGUGGCAUGUGAUUGUUCUUUUAUUUAUGGAUGCUCUCUCGGUGUGUCAAAUUCCAGGACUCUCAGCACAUAUGACAGGCACGAGGAUGUUAACUCACAAGGUUCUGGAUGGUGCCCAGAUAAGCAGCGAAGAAUACGAGCUUUUGAAGGAUCAUAUUAUUCCACUUGGUAGGCUACCCCAAUUCUCUACACAGAGUGGAGGUUGAAACAAUUAGAUUGAGUUUUUUUAGCACUUGUGAGUUUUUGAAGGAUACAUUCAGAAAUUCCAAAGAAUCUUCUUUUGAUAGAAAUUUUAAGAUUCAGAAAUGUAUUUGUCAAUGUUGCAUCAUGUGAGGUUUUACUUGCCAGAAAUGUAUCCAAAGUUGCGUAGAAUUCUCUUCUUGGAUGAUGAUAUUGUUGUUCAGAGGGAUUUAACUGGGCUGUGGGAUAUAGAUAUGGAUGGGAAAGUGAAUGAUGCAGUAGAGCCAUGUUUCGGGUCGUUUCAUCAUUAUGUGCAGUAUAUGAAUUUCUCUCAUCCUUCGAUUAAGGAGAGUUUUAGUCCAGAGGCUUGUGCACGGGCUUAUGGGAUGAAUUUCUUUGACCUUGAUGCUUGGAGGAAGGAGAAGUGUACUGAACACAGUACCACUGCUGGCAGACUCUGAAAGAAAAUCCAACCUUUUGGAAAUUGGGAACUUUACCUCCUGGCUUGAUUACAUGUUACUCCACAACGAAGCCGCCGGACAAAUCUUUGCCUGUUCUUGGGCUUGGUUAUAAUCCAAGCAUAUGCAUGGACGAGAUUUGAAAUGCUGCUGUUGUUCACUUCAAUGGAAACAUGAAACCAUGGCUAGAUAAUGCAAUCCCACAGUUCUGGCCACUUUGGACAAAGUACGUCGACUACGAAACGGAAUUCGUCCAACAAUGCAAUUUUGGCCUUCAGAGUAGGGAUUGUUUAUAAGUUGGAGCCUCUAUUUUGACUACCAGAAAAGCACUAGCGUGGACAGCCAUCUUAUAGACUAGGCCAGCAUGGCUAUAUAAAAAGUGUCUUUGUGUCACAAUUUCGCGGAAUAUGGUUGCAGUAAUUGGUUAAGUUACCAGACUUCUGCAUGUCGCUGGCAGUUGGUUGGUUACCUGUGUGGGGUGCAAUUACUUCACCAAGAGUUGGGAGAAAGGAUGUCCAUUCUUUUUAAGUUUAGGAGUUCUACAUUUCAGGAGAGCGAAACGAACAACAGGAAUUUGUAGUUUUACUUACAGUUUGUUUUUCUUCACUAUAUAGGUAGUGCUCUUACAUGGUACUAUCUAGCUGUUAUUGAAAGCCGAUUGUAAUAUUAAAAUUAUCCAUUGAUCAACA